CGUAGCGACAAUAGUAUGGCUUCUCCAGCAUCGUCAAGUGUUGCUUCGGCUCAGAGGAGGCCCAAGCCGCCGGCAUACCCGUUCUACCUCGGAGGUGUAGCAGCAUGUCUCGCAUCGUUCGUGACACAUCCACUGGAUUGCGUCAAGAAUCGGAUGCAAACUGCAAAGGCAAAGCAGGGGAUGUGGGACGCACUCAAGGGCACCGCAAAGCACGAUGGGAUAUCUGGAUUGUAUGCUGGCCUGACUGCGAGCUUGCUGCGGCAAAUGACAUACAGCGUCACUAGGUUUGGGGCUUACGACUGGUUGAAAGUAGAGCUCAGAACGCCGUCUGAUGGACCACCUAGCAAACCCCUGCCCGCAUGGAAAUUAGCAGCUUGUGCUUCAAUAGCAGGCGCUGCAGGAGGUGUAGCAGGGAACCCGGCUGACAUCAUUCUCGUGCGGAUGACGUCAGACCUCAACAGACCACCAGCAGAGCGGUAUAAUUAUAAACAUGCUCUACAUGGGGUCUACCGUAUGACUGUCACGGAGGGUCCCGUGUCGUUGUUCCGCGGUAUCGUCCCAAACGUCACAAGAGCGGUGCUCAUGAACGCAUCUCAGCUCGCAACGUACGACUUCUUUAAGCAUUCCUUGCUCAACACUGGGCUCUACAAGGAAGGCACAUGGCUUCACUUCAGUGCAAGCUUCCUGGCAGGCACGGUUGCAACCACCGUUUGCAGCCCAGCUGACGUUAUCAAAGCUCGAGUCAUGUCUGCGAACGGCGCUAGCGGUGGUACGAUAGCGAAGCUGCAGCGGGCGAUACAAAAGGAGGGCAUCGGCUUCUUGUUCCGUGGCUGGACACCGGCGUGGGUCAGAUUGUCACCGAAUACAAUCCUGAUCUUUGUGAUCCUCGAGAAGCUCCGAUUGAUGGUGGACGUCGCGAGGGAACAGCAAGGGCUACCCUCACAACGAAAUCCGGGCAUUCCGGAUGUGUCUGGCAGCGCAGAGCAAGACAACAAGAGAUCAUAGACAGUCUUCACUCCUCGUACACUUGGCUUCGCCGCGUCACCCUCUGCGCGCCAAAUCUACAUCAUAGAGACUCUUCGGGCUUGCUGCACUCAAAUU